CCUGUACUCCUCUCCCUGAAUCCCUGACAUAAAAAUCUACUAAAUUUGGUGGUUAGGAGGGGGAAUAAUGUAUUUUAAGGUCGGGUUGUUAUCCAUAGAGGUCUGGCGGCUGUACAACCUGAGCUAGUGUCGGUUAUUGUUUUAUUUUAACAUUCUUAAACAACUUAAAAACGUAAAACAAGGAUCGCAGCCAUGACACUGGUCUAUGUGUUAUGGCGCCCCCUACCGGCGACCCGUUAGGCUGCUCUCCGGUCAGUUGGCGCUACACGGGGACAGGUGUGCCUCGGGCGGCAGGGCAGGUGACGCAAUGCCUCAGAAUGGUGUGAAUUUUGUGGGCAGAAGGAGAGCACGUCACAACACCUGUAAAGCCAAUGAUGUGGUCAGCAGUCAGGUCCCAAGCAUGGGUUUGGUUAAUGGACCAGUUGUUUACAAAUACUGCUCAGCUGCUGCCAGCAGGACCUGCCAGAGCACACCAGCUGGCACACUGUGUGAUUCCAAACCACCACGCACGGUUAAUGGGUAUAUUAACCAUGGGUAUAGAGGCAACAUUACAACAGCAGUACCACCAAAGACACUCAGGAAACAAGGAGGAAUGAUUUCAGCCAUCAGUGAUGCCUCAGCACCUGGUAGGCUCAGCAGGACGAGCGAUCCAGGCAGUAUCACAGUCAGUGGGGCCACCAAGCAAGACUCUGUGGAUCUACCCCAUAAUUUCAAUCAAGUAGUACCAGAUCCCAGCUUACCAGCAUCAGGGAAGAACCAAAGAAGAAGGAGGUAUUACAGACACAAGAAGAGACACUCUGAAGUGGCUUGUCUGGGAAACUCGGCAUCUCCACUGAUGCCACCGCAAAAGGAAGACUGGGAAAAUGAGAUCCAAGAGGUCACACUCACUGAAUGGGAACAGAAGUGUUUUGGGGUCAAACCUUAUGGUCCAGAAGAUGUGCUCCAUUUUGCUUUGCGGGAUUUGACACUCAAGCAAAGGGACACAAUGGACCUGCCAGUUACAGCAAGUUACAGGCCAGUCGUUCACCACCCAAGUCCCGUCAAGUGGUUCUGCUACAGCAUUCCCACUGAGCCAGAUCAGUUUGCAGAUGCUGACGAGUAAGUCAGACGUAUGCGAAUGUGUUCAGAAAUGCAUCAAAUAAUAGUAAUCACUUACUAAAUCAAUUGUUAGAGCUUUAGUUAGGCCUUACUAAUCAAGCAGUUUGUGGUUUUAUGCUUGAUGCUUACCCAUGCUUAGAAUAUUUGUUUGGUCAGCAUUUGGCCUUUUUCUCCUCAUCUAAAGCAUUAGUGGAAGAAAUUAAAUUUAAAACUUACUCUUGGUUAGUAGAUAUGUUUCAAAAUCAAAUAGGUCAUUUGCAGGUCAAAGAUCGUAGAUUUGAUGUUGGAGUGCGGUUGUUUUUUUGUUUUUUUUUGU